AGGCAGGCGGGCAGGCCCCAGCCGCCUCGGCUUCUCCUCGGCGCGGGGUGUGUGUGUUGUGUAUGUGUGGGUGGGCGAGCGAGCGAGCGAGAGGCAGGGAGCGGGAGAGGCGGCAGCGAGAGGCAGGGAGAGCGAGAGAGGAGCCGGGAGAGAAGGAGAAGGGAGGCCGGGGGCUGGGGGGCGACGACCCCUAAGUGGGGGGAAGACAAGGAGGAGGAGGCGGCGGCUGAGCUGGCUUCAGGAUGAUGGAGGACGGCUUCUCCAGUUACAGCAGCCUCUAUGACACCUCCUCGCUCCUGCAGUUCUGCAACGAUGACAGUGCCUCUGCUGCUAGCAGCAUGGAGGUGACAGACCGCAUUGCUUCACUGGAGCAACGUGUUCAGAUGCAGGAAGAUGACAUCCAGCUGCUCAAGUCUGCUCUGGCAGAUGUUGUUAGGCGCUUGAACAUUACUGAGGAGCAACAGGCCAUGCAGAACAAGAAAGGACCUACCAAAGCAAGACCCCUUGUACAAACACUGCCUUUAAAGACUACUGUUAAUAAUGGAACUGUUCUACCAAAGAAACCCAGUGGCUCUCUACCUUCUCCAUCAGGAACCCGAAAAGAAAUUGUGUCCCCAGCAGCAAAAAGGUCUGUGAGUCUUCUCAAUGCAUGCAAACUGAAAAAAACUGCUCUAAGCACUGUCAAAAGAACCAACUCAGCUGAGCGUGUAUCUCCUGGAGGCCGAAGGGAAAGCUAUGGAGAUUCCAAAAUCAGCCGCAAUCGAGCUGGAUCCACAAGCAGUUCAUCUAGUGGUAAAAAGAACAGUGAAAGCAAGCCUAAGGAACCAAUGUUCAGUGCAGAGGAAGGAUACGUUAAAAUGUUUCUGCGUGGACGCCCUGUUACCAUGUUCAUGCCCAAAGACCAAGUGGAAUCUUACAGUCUGGAAGCAAAAGCAGAACUACCAGCCAAGAGGCUAAAACUGGAAUGGGUCUAUGGCUACAGGGGUAGGGACUGCCGUAGUAACCUGUACCUCCUUCCGACGGGUGAAACCGUGUAUUUCAUUGCAUCUGUUGUUGUGUUGUACAAUGUUGAAGAGCAACUGCAGCGGCAUUACACCGCUCACAAUGACGAUGUCAAGUGCCUAGCUGUCCAUCCUGACAGGAUCACCAUAGCAACUGGUCAGGUUGCAGGAACAUCUAAGGAUGGGAAACAACUCCUGCCCCAUGUCCGCAUUUGGGACUCUGUUACUCUGAACACGCUGCAUGUCAUUGGGAUGGGGUUCUUUGACCGGGCUGUCACUUGCAUUGCAUUUUCCAAAUCGAAUGGAGGGAGUAACCUUUGUUCAGUGGAUGACUCCAACGACCAUGUGCUUUCAGUGUGGGACUGGCAGAGAGAAGAAAAGCUAGCAGAUGUCAAGUGCUCUAACGAAGCCGUAUUUGCCGCUGAUUUUCACCCUACAGACACUAAUAUAAUAGUUACUUGUGGGAAAUCGCAUCUUUAUUUUUGGACGCUUGAAGGCAGUUCUCUCAUUAAAAAGCAAGGCUUAUUUGAGAAACAAGAAAAGCCAAAAUUUGUGUUGUGUGUGACGUUUUCUGAAAACGGUGAUACGAUUACUGGAGACUCAAGCGGAAAUAUCUUAGUAUGGGGAAAAGGUACCAACAGAAUAAGCUCUGCAGUUCAAGGAGCCCAUGAAGGUGGCAUUUUUGCACUUUGUAUGUUGCGAGACGGAACGCUUGUGUCUGGAGGUGGAAAAGACAGGAAGCUAAUAUCUUGGAACGGGAAUUACCAAAAACUUCACAAAACAGAGAUUCCAGAGCAAUUUGGGCCAAUAAGAACAAUAGCAGAAGGGAAAGGUGACGUUGUGUUAAUCGGCACCACUCGAAAUUUUGUUCUACAAGGUUCCCUCUCGGGAGACUUUUCUCCCAUUACCCAGGGUCAUACUGAUGAGCUUUGGGGACUAACAGCCCAUCCUUCCAAACCUCAGUUCUUCACUUGUGGGCAAGACAAACACAUUACACUCUGGGAUGCCAUCAGUCACCGUCCGAUCUGGAACAAAAUUAUAGAGGAUCCAGCACAGUCUUCUGGUUUCCAUCCUUCAGGGUCCGUGGUUGCAGUAGGAACCCUAACUGGAAGGUGGUUUGUGUUUGACACCGAAACAAAAGAUUUGGUCACCGUACAUACAGACGGAAAUGAACAGCUCUCCACAAUGCGUUACUCGCCAGAUGGCAACUUCUUGGCAAUAGGUUCUCAUGACAAUUGCAUUUAUAUAUACAGUGUUAAUGACAAUGGGAGGAAAUACAGUAGAAUUGGCAAAUGCUCAGGUCAUUCCAGCUUCAUUACUCACUUGGACUGGUCUGUUAAUUCUCAGUACCUUGUGUCUAAUUCAGGGGACUAUGAAAUCCUAUACUGGGUUCCGUCAGCUUGUAAACAAGUAGUAAGUGUUGAGACCACUAGAGAUAUAGAAUGGGUUACUUACACCUGUACUUUAGGAUUCCAUGUUUUUGGUGUGUGGCCAGAAGGUUCAGAUGGCACAGAUAUCAAUGCUGUCUGCCGCUCGCAGGGGAGGAAACUGUUAUCGACCGGUGAUGACUUUGGCAAAGUACACCUCUUCUCUUAUCCAUGUUCACAGUUUAGGGCUCCAAGUCAUGUGUAUGGUGGACACAGUAGUCAUGUAACCAACGUCGAUUUUCUAUAUGAAGAUACUCAUCUCAUUUCCACAGGUGGAAAAGAUACCAGUAUUAUGCAGUGGCGAGUCAUUUAGAGUAAACCCUGUACGAACAUACAUGUGUAACCAAGGACUGGCUGUGAACCUAAGUUCUGUACGCACUGUAUAUGUAAGAGUUAACAAAUGGUUGCCGUCUAGCCUAGUCACUGUGAUUUUUAAGUUUCAAAUCCUUACAAACCUCAGGAAAGCUAAGUUCUUGGCUGGCUGCCAUACUUAUUUCAGUAAUUCAUAAAGUAUCACUUAAAAAAAAACCAGCAGCAGCAGCACAUCAUUACUGCUCUUUUUGUUGUACAACAUAUGAAGCUGUACAAGUCUAAAAUGAAGUAUUGACUUGGAUGCUUAUGCAAUAUAUAUGAACAGGACUUUUCUAUUAAAUAGUCACAAAAAAGCUUAUUGUAAUAUUACAUAUAUGUGCUUCACAGUUUCAUUAUUUAUACUUUGUGCUGUCUAGCUGCGUAGUUAGAAUAUCUAUAGUCGGAAAACUGAUGGCAUUCCCAUAGAUGGCAGCAGCAAAGAAUUUGUAUGGAAAGCUUAACCCAAGCUCAACAAAACAGAGUGAACACGCCAUUCAGCAUGGCUGUUCCGUGGUAGUCAUUUUAAUGGGACUUGCGUAAGUUUGUCAUAUGAAAUGAAACAGAUGUUUCACUCAGCAGUGCUUUCUGGGUUUUCUGGCUCCCAUAGUAAAGAACUUGUUUGAAUAAUGUGAAUGUUGGAAUAGUCAUUAACUUGCAAUUUUUCCUGGCAUAGCAAAAUAUUAAAAGUUCAAGGAUACAAUCUAGCAAAAGUUGGUUAAGACUUGACUUCCAUAGAAAAACUGGAAUGGGGUUUACUUGUAAUCGACUUGAGUCUUAACUGGUUUCAGUGGAAUAAGCAUUUGCUAGAUUGUACCAAGAUUUUCUCUCUCUUUGAAAUCAAGCAAUUUUAACUUGAAUAUCUCAGCAGGGAUUACAGCUUCAGGUAAUCUGUUUUCAAGGUGGAAGCUUUUCUCACGUAUAUGUUCACAAUUCCUUAUUGAAAAAUAACGAACCAAUAUGGCCACAUCUCCGUUAUUCAGUUGGCAGAGUGAACCCUAAUCUGUAUAUUGAUCAGCAUGAAUGCAACUACCUUAUACACGUGUAAAAAAAUAAACAAAUUAGCAAUUCAUAAGAAAUAGUAAAGCAUUCUAAGCUUUACUUGCCUGUUGCUUAUGGAUAUUGUAUAUUCGUAUUUUAAGGUCAAGUAGACAAAAAUAUAAAGGGAUCCUUUGAAGCGUACCACUCACCUGCAGAGGAGAGAUGGGGAAGUAAACACAAAUAACUGCUAAGAAGACCAGCUGGACUGCACAAGCAACCCAAGUCUUCUCUUGGGGCUGCAGUGUUUUUAGGACUAUCAACAAAGUAAUGUGCAGGUCAUGACAUGUGUGCCCCAGGAGCCUUUGCAGUGUGGCAGAGGGUGCCUGACUUCAGAUCAUGUGCUGGUCAUAAGAGUUGGAUCUGCAAUGGAGUGUGUGACCACAGCAUCCCUGAGAGAUGCCUGUCCACCUUUUGCUUGGAUACUUCCAGCGAAGGAGAGGCCACCCACCUACGAAGGCCAUAGUUCCACUCUUGAGCAACUCUUGCUGUUAGGAAAUUCUCCUAACGAUCAGCCAAAACCCGCUUUCCCGCAAUUUCCACCCGUCGGUUCUAGUCCUUUCCUCUGGCGAAGCAGAGAGCAAGCUUGCUCCAUCUUCCGAUGCUCCAUUUGGGACAGCAAAACGUGUGGGGGUGCCCAACACCGCAGUGCAUAAGUUCCACCCUACACCCCCCCCCCGUUUGUUUUGCAUGGACCAAUAUUUAUAGUAUGAAAUAAGAUUGUGUUUUGCAAUGAAGUAAGAGAGGAGGUGGCAUAAAAUAGUUCAGAAGGCCUUAUUCGUUUUGAUUGUGACACAGACUGAAAAAUUAUUGUUUACAUUGGGGAAUGUCUCUAAAGACUUUAAACGAGCAGCCCUGUUGUAAGCAGGCUCUGUAAAGCUCAAUAGGAAAGUUUUCUUUUUCUUUUUCUUACAAAGGAUAGGAACAUGUGAAUUAAUUGAGCUCUGAAGCACGGGUUGUUGAGAGUUAUUUCAAUGAAGAUUUAAUAAGUUUUUGAAGCUUUUUUUUAUUACAUCUUCAACCUGCUACACUGAAAGUGCAGGAUACCAAUAAACAUCAUGUAUCAAGAAAAA